UCCCUCGCGAGAGUCUCCUCGAUAAUCCGCGGUUUUUUAUGCCUAAAAAUCAUUCAGUCUUGUUUCUAAAAAACAGGGGGGCGGACACCGAUACAACAACUGCUGUUGUGUCACACAUUACUGUCAGCCAGCGCUAGGAAGGAAGAGGAGGAGGAGGACGACGACGACCAGGAGAAGGAAGCUUAUUGUUAUUCUUUAGUCGUUGCUACAGCAGCUGCUCCAAAAAUGUCUUUCGGAGAAAAGUUGGCUGCUAUCAUGCAGAGGCCGGGACAGGACCCAUCCCCCAAGGACGAUGUGCCCUGGUACCUCAAGUACGCAGGACGUGCAUUGGGCACUGUUGGCAGUUUCAUUGCAAUAUUUUUGGGAGCAUGGAAUUGUGCUGGAAUUUUACUGGCACAAGUGAGCUGCUUCCUAAGUGGCCUGUGGCAGAUGGUUGCCGGAUUUUUAGUUAUUACAAUCGAGGCACCUUGUUGUUGUAUGUUCAUUGACUUUGUUCAACAGUUGAGCGACUGGGUGGACAAAAGACCGUAUUGGAAUAGAGCAGCUGCUUAUUGUGGUCUAGCGAUACCUGCAAUCUUCCUAUGUCCGGGUCCAAGUACUAUAUUUGGUAGUGGUCUGAUAUUUGCAACUGGUAUAAUUUAUGGAAUGAUGUCUAUUGGCAAAAAGGCAUCGAGAGAUGAUAUGAUCAGAGCAGCGGCGGUGACUGAGCAGCAGCAGCAGGGAGUGUCGUCGAGCACGAGGUCGAACCUGGUUGAAAACGCUCAGCCAAUGGGCAUCAGCCCAAGGCCCGACAGCAACGUCUGACGUCCUCGAAGACAUUUCGCUACUACUGCUACUACUAAACUACUAUUGCUAUAGAGCCGUUUGCGAAUGACGCGAGAGCAAAUGAGUUUUAUCUUGAACUUUUUCUUCUAUCCUUUUUUUUGUCUUUUAUAUAUUCAAACAAAGUAAGUUUAUAGAUGAUUUUGAAUUUUGUAAGGCAAACGUAGGUCGCAAGGAGUUUAUUUAUUGCUGUUUUAAGUGAUGAUUGUUAAUUAAUAGUGAGUUCUUAUGUUGCACGUGGAAAAAUAUUAGCAAAGGUAAGGUACAUUUCACGUUUGUUUGUUAUUUAUAUAAUAUAUACAUGUUGACUGAGUAUUUAAUGUGAGUUUAUCACAGAUUUUUUCAACAGUUUUAAUUUUUACGUUCAUUUUUUCGAAAACUCGAAAAAUAACAUUGAUCAUUUGUAAAUCGAAGAUUACGCAAUUAGAAAGUUUAAAGUCUAUUUUUUUACAUCAAACUAAUUUGUUCAUUUCAUCACUAUUUUCUUACUUGUGCAGUAACAAAUUAUCGUUUUUAAUUAAUUAAUUAAAUAUUAUUUGAAAUAUUUAUUUUCAAAAAUAGAUUUUGAAAAUAUUACAUAAUCUCAUUUUGAUAUACACUUUCGAAAAUUUAUCGUGAAAUAGGUGAUUAGAUACAUCGAUAUCUAUUGAUCUCAUGAAAAUAACUUUUGAGAAAAAUAGUUACCAUUUUUAAAAAUGGACAAAUUAAUUUAUAUAAUACCAAAUUAAUGAUAAUGUGUAUUGUUACUUACUUUUUUUAAAAACAACCUCCUUGACGAUAAAUAACUAAAUACUUAUGAUGAAUGGUAUAUACUUCCUAUAUACAUUCCUUUUGAUUUUUAGAAAGUUUUAUAUUAAAAAUGGUAAACCCAAAGGACUGAUUUUUAGUCGACGUAUUUAAAUUGGGAACUACAUAUCGCCGUCGAUGUCCUGGUUAAUGCGUAAUUAGGCUUCAAUUUUUUUAGCUACUUCCCGUAUAAACAUACAUCUUUCAAUUUCGGAAAGAUUUCUCUAUAAUUAGCUGAUUAGGUUGAAUUUUUGUCUUCUUUCGAGUUGCCCACUUUUCUCAGAAUGUUUUACGAUUUUAGUUUUUUUUUGUCUCGUAAAAAAAUAACUUAAAAAAACUUACGAAGAGUUCAACUUAAUAGUUUUACUUCCACAACAGAGAAAUUAUUCCGAACGAGAUUACAAAAGCAGCCAAACUAUUUUUCCCCAACAGAGAACCUCGUCCCGAGUCUCAUAUUAUUUUAUGUACGGUUUUACACCUAAGAAUUGUUUUUUCAUAGAGUCAGCUGAAUCUUGGCCUCCUCACGUAUGGUUACUAGUUGUAAGCUUAUACUACAUGAUAAAAUAAUACAAUUUUAAGAUACACGAGACACAAAGACUCUUCAAAUUUUCGAGGAGCGCAACUAUAAAAGUAUAUAAAUAAUAAUAAUAGUGUUAUACAAUGUACGAAUGCUAAAAAGUAUAUAUGUUUACUUUGCAAUGAAUCGUGUACCGUAAUAUUAUUAAUUUUAACGAAGCAUACGUGAUUUUUAUUAUAAUUUUUGAAUCUAUAGAAUUUUUGGUAGUCGUGUAUACAAAAGUAGAGAUGUUUGGAUGAAAUAAUGCAUUACACAAUGUUAUUAUCUUAAGUGUAUAAUAUAUAUUAUGUAUAAAUAUAUAAUCGUUUAUUAAUUAUACUUUGUAUACUGAGCUCUAACUUUGAGAAAAAUUGUAUAUAAAUUAUUUGAAUGUCAUAUCAAUUGUUAAUUGAACGUAAUCACGUGCAUUUUUACAUCGACGUAAUGGCUGUCACUUGGAGUACUUGCCGAUAAUUUAUAUAUAAUGUUUUCUUUAAAAUCUCACAACAGCAAUCAGCUCAGUGAUGUUUUGAAUGUUUGUUAAAACGAGUCAUUUUAUUAGUACAUCGUUAUAGUCGAAAAUAGCUCUGUGUCAAGGAAUAAUGUGGUAGAUAAUAUAAAGACAAUUUUGUUUUAUAUAGCAUGGCUAGGCAAUGUGUGCAUCGUUAUGAUAUCGUGUUCAUGAAAUGCCACCAAAAAUUACACGUACAAAAGAGGGGGAAUAAUUAUUCGUGCAAUAUAUCGCGUGGUAGCCGGCUAUAUUGCAUUAUUACCGUGUCUCUUGGGUUAGCGCACUUAAAGGAACAAAAAUGAGAAACAUGCAAUGUACUGAAAGGUUUUCAGUACUCUAUUACAUUUAUAUUGUUGUAUUAUCAAGAGUAACAUACAUAUAUGAGUUAUGAGCGAAAAAAUUAACCAACAGUGAAUAUUGCACGUAUUACGUACAUUGAAAAUUUUCUGGAAAAUUAUCUUGAAACUAUUUUACGAUUACUUUAAUGUCAUACAAGUAAAAUCGUCAUGAAAAAAAAGAAUACAAACAAAUAAAAAUGUCUUGUUAUUUUUGAACGUUAUAUUAAUAUUAAUAUGAUGAUUGUUAUUGAAAUCGUUUGUAAAUUUUUUGCGAGCACAUACAAAGUCACACAACUCGUCCAACCGAUGAUUAAAUAAAAUUUUCGACACAAACAAUUUACUUCAAAAACAUCAAAAAAAUUGAUUUUUCGAGGAAGAAAAAAACUAAUACGCGAGUUAUAUUCGCAAAUGAUUGUGCGCAUAAGUUAUCAUUGACAUUACAAAUAAAUACGUCAACACGGCCACAAAAAUAUAAUACGCAUAUUCACACACAAGUUGUAAAAUGAAUUGGUGUAGUAGUCAUUUACAGUAUGUCAAGCAGACGUUACCUUCGUCUCGAAUCCACCGAAAAUUAUGACAUUUGCAAAAGUAAUUAAGUGUCUAAGUAACAUCCUGACAGCUCUGUCGCAAUUUAGCGUCAUGUGUUAGAAAAAAAAAAAUCUACGUUAUUUACGCUCAUGUUGUCAUU